AUGCUUCCCACAACGCAGUACCCGUUCACUUGCAUCCGGUACGUUGGUGGGAUUAUCGUUGCAUCCGCCGGGCCAAACAUAUACACCUUUUCAGCCACCGACGGCCAUAAAAUCUCAACAUGGCCUGAAACCAAGUCCGACGUCAACGAGUCGGAAACAAACGGUGAUUCUGCUGAGCGCAGUGAGGGGCCGCCAGAGAAGAGAAGGAAGCUCUCUCCCACCAAUGGUGCCGAAAACAAGCCUACCACUACAUGGCAGUCUGUGCCCAUUCUCGUCAUUUCUCCAUCAGGCCGCCAUGUAGUCGCAGUAACGGCGGAGGACAAACAUGUGCGGGUCUUUGAGAUAAGCACGGGAGGAGUGUUAACGGAAUCAAGUGACCGACCCGUGCCUCGAAGGCCCUGUGCAGUGGCGUUCUCAUCUGACGAAGACACGUUAAUCUGUGCCGACAAGGGUGGUGAUGUAUUUAGCAUGCCUCUUUUACCCGGCGAAAGCGGGGAGUUCGAAUUAGUCUCCCGGGCUAAGAAGGUCUUCAAACCGGCGGCAAACCCUCUCGUCGUACAUACCAAGAGGAAUUUGAUUUCGUUACACCAACAGCUCAAUCAGAAGGCGCCGAUAACCACCCCUGCCGGUCCAACAGCAAAACGGGACGUGCUUUCCGGACAGGUUUCUACGCUUACCGACAUGGUCUACGCAAUCGUGCCAUCGAGCACGUCGGCCAGUGGUUCACACAGUUUUAUAUUGACAGCAGACCGCGAUGAACAAAUUCGUGUGUCUCGCGGGCCACCUCAAACGUACGUUAUUGAGGCUUAUUGUUUGGGCCACGAGUCUUUUAUUAGCACGCUUUGUAUACCAUCAACAUUGCCACAUCUGUUAGUCACUGGAGGCGGGGAUGACUCCAUUUUCGUCUGGGAUUGGAGAAAUGGUAAACUUCUACACAAAGUAUCUAUUAUUCCUGAAGGAAAGGACCAGAUCGUUGUUAGAGGAAUAUGGGCUGUGGAGAUUACCGGAAGUUCAUUGGUUGCUAUUUUCGUGGCUAUUGACGGGUCGCGCGAACUUUUGAGCUUCGUAUUAGAGGGGAACGGCUUAAUAGCUCCCCAGGAAUCGAUUCAAGCCUCCGGAAACAUCCUCGACUUGGCUUCUAUAGACGAGAACGACAGUAUCCUCAUUGCCGUCGAUAGUUGCCACGAGCCUGGCUCUAUAAAGGACUGGAAGAACAAUUCUGAUGAGCCUUCAGUGCUUGUCGAAGAAUAUAUAGUUCGCUUGAAGGAUGGGAAGUUAUCGCUUGACCGUGCAGCGAGCCAGGCGAUCAACUACAUUAAUAAGCAGGGCACGGGGAGUAUACUGGCUGGUGUGGACGAGUCCUCAUGGCCAAAGAGUCAGAAGGCAUUCAGUGAGAGACUGUACAGCUUGCACAAUCUUCGCAAGAGGCCAACAACGAAGGAUCCCAGGUAG